CAGGAGCCCGGAGCUGAGACGUAAGCCGUCCUCACGACCUCACCACCACGCCUAACCGGACCCGACCCCGACCCCGUGGUUAGCUCGUGGUCACCCACCCGAGAAGGGAAGACCCCAGCCCUUGUUUGCGCUGCGCAGUGCUUUAUAUAUACCCGGGGCUCCACUACUCCAGUGCUGGCUGGCGUUGUAUGAGCGUGGGUGGUGGCGCCGCCGGCCGGGGAUGAGCUGCAACGGGUGCCGCAUGCUGCGCAAGGGGUGUAGCGACGCGUGCGUGCUGCGGCCGAGCCUGCAGUGGAUCGACGGCGGCGCCGAGGCCCAGGGCCACGCCACCGCCUUCGUCGCCAAGUUCUUCGGCCGCGCCGGCCUCAUGUCCUUGCUCACCGCCGUCCCCGAGCCGCAGCGCCCAGUCGCUGCUGUACGAGGCGGCCGGGAGGACGAUCGACCCGGUGAGCGGCGCCGUGGGGCUGCUCGGCGCGGGGAGCUGGCACCUGUGCCAGGCGGCGGUGGAGACGGUGCUGCGGGGCGGCGCCAUCGCCCCGCUGCCCGAGUCCGACUCCGACGGGGCCCGCCGCGGCGCGUCCGCUGUGGCGGCGAGGCGGGCCGUGGGGUGCUCGACGUUCUCGACGGCGAAGCGCGCGCCGGCGAGCGUGGGGGCGCCGCCGGAGCCGUCGUGCGACCUCGGGCUGUGGCUCAGCCCCGGGUCACCCCCGGCGACCGGGGAGCGGCGCCGGCGGCGGCGGCCCGGCACGCCGUCCAUGACCUCCGAGGAGUCCGUGACGACGAUGAGCGGCGGCGGCGGAGGCGGAGGCGGAGGGAGGGAGCCCGAGCUGCUGAACCUUUUUGUCUGAGAAUGGCCGACGGUUUGGCUAAAAGCCAGCGGCCGAUCGUGCCGUGCGCCCCUCGGCGCGCGGUGUGGUGUGCUUGAUCCCGGCGAGAAAAAAACGUUUGUUUGUCUAGGUAGCCGUCGUCUUGUCCUUCUUCCUUUUUGGGCCGCGCGUAGAAACCAUGAGCGUGCCGGCGGCAGCAGCGCUCUCCCAGCCGCCGUCCGUUAGCUAGCUGUUUAUUUCAUUUCUUCCCAACUUUUUCUUGGCAGAAGCGACGCUCCGUCCGUCGCUGAAUAAAAUUGUAGACCAAGGGUAAAGCGAAGUGGCGCUGCAUGCGUCGAUCU